CCGCGCGCGGCACCCGGGCCGGAAGUAGAGGGAAGUGUCGCGGUGCGCGCCGGCCUCACUCAGCGCCGGCCGUGAGAGCCGUUGCGGCCGCCCUCGGCGCCUCUGGGGCCUUCCGCAGCCGCCAUGUCGGCCAGCGCCAUCUACGUGCUGGACCUGAAGGGCAAGGUGCUUGUCUGCCGGAACUACCGCGGAGACGUGGACAUGUCAGAGGUGGAGCACUUCAUGCCCAUCCUGGUAGAGAAGGAGGAGGAGGGCGCACUGUCGCCCAUCCUGGCCCACGGCGGUGUUCGCUUCAUGUGGAUCAAGCACAACAACCUCUACUUGGUUGCCACGUCCAAGAAGAAUGCAUGUGUGUCGCUGGUGUUCUCCUUCCUCUACAAGGUGGUGCAGGUGUUCUCCGAGUACUUCAAGGAGCUGGAGGAGGAGAGCAUCCGAGACAACUUCGUGAUCAUCUACGAGCUGCUGGAUGAGCUCAUGGACUUCGGCUACCCACAGACCACGGACAGCAAGAUCCUGCAGGAGUAUAUCACGCAGGAAGGCCACAAGCUGGAAACAGGGGCCCCUCGGCCCCCUGCCACCGUCACCAACGCCGUGUCCUGGCGGUCAGAGGGCAUCAAGUACCGUAAGAAUGAGGUGUUCCUGGAUGUCAUCGAGUCCGUUAACCUCCUGGUCAGUGCCAAUGGCAACGUGCUGCGCAGCGAGAUCGUGGGCUCCAUCAAGAUGCGGGUCUUCCUGUCGGGCAUGCCGGAGCUGCGCCUGGGCCUUAACGACAAAGUCCUCUUUGACAACACGGGCCGCGGUAAGAGCAAGUCCGUGGAGCUGGAGGACGUGAAGUUCCACCAGUGCGUGCGGCUGUCGCGCUUCGAGAACGACCGCACCAUCUCCUUCAUACCCCCCGACGGCGAGUUCGAGCUCAUGUCUUACCGGCUCAACACCCACGUGAAGCCCCUGAUCUGGAUCGAGUCCGUGAUCGAGAAGCACUCGCACAGCCGCAUCGAGUACAUGAUCAAGGCCAAGAGCCAGUUCAAGCGGCGCUCCACGGCCAACAACGUGGAGAUCCACAUCCCCGUGCCCAACGACGCCGACUCGCCCAAGUUCAAGACCACGGUGGGCAGCGUCAAGUGGGUGCCGGAGAACAGCGAGAUCGUGUGGUCCAUCAAGUCCUUCCCGGGCGGCAAGGAGUACCUGAUGCGGGCGCACUUCGGACUGCCCAGCGUGGAGGCGGAGGACAAGGAGGGCAAGCCGCCCGUCAGCGUCAAGUUCGAGAUCCCCUACUUCACCACCUCGGGCAUCCAGGUGCGCUACCUGAAGAUCAUCGAGAAGAGCGGGUACCAGGCGCUGCCCUGGGUGCGCUACAUCACGCAGAACGGCGACUACCAGCUCCGGACCCAGUGAGGCCGCGCCCAGCCGCGCCCCGCCCCAGUCCCGGAGCGGACCGACCCCACGUGCCACGGCCUUGGUGCCAAAGGCCACACGGCCCACAACGGCAGCGCCCCCGGGACUGGAGCUUGGUCCGGCUGCAGCCUCGGCCCGGCCACCGCCCACCCAGGCCCUCAGGGACGUCCCCCAGCGGCCCGCGUCUGUCCAGGGCCCGGCCCCACCCCUGCGUGUGACAGCGACAUUAAAUCCCCUCCCUCGGCGCGCGGCCUGCUCUGUCGGCGUCGCCCAGGGCCUGCAGCGGGCCUGACCCCAGGCCGCCAGGAGAGAGGGGAAGGGAGGGGAGGGACGGGGUGGGCGGGGGGCUGCGCUGCAGGCCGGCGGAGGGCGGACGCUGCGUCCCCCAGAGGGAAGGCACGCCCGGGACACGACUCCCGGCCGGCCUGGCUUCGCAGAGCUCUAACGCCUGGGGCGGGGCCUGGGGUGACUUACACUGACUCUGACUCUGUGAAGUGUCCCUCACGGAGCGGUUGUGGGUCUCCCGGGCUCUGGGUAAAUAGGAAUAAAGCAGGGGCCUGUGAGAAUUCUUAAGGCUUGAAGGCCUAAAAGUUUACAACUUCUGGGGCCGGGGAUUUGGCUCAGUGGUGCCACUGCUUGCCUCAAAAGCACAAGGUCCUGAGCUAGAUCCCCGGCACUAAAACAAAAAAGUUUAAAACUUC